CGUCUAUGAAGAGGUAGGUCUAAGAGCUAUAUAAGGGAAAAAAUCAAUGAAAGUUGAAAUGUAACUGCCUGCUCUGAGACUGCCAACCCCUACAGCAAAGAAUUUUGUGUUUCUUUCUCUUAUCAGGGCUGGAUCCGCUGGAGAUUUGCACGACUAACUUCUAGAACAUGAACUUGUGUUUUCUGGCAUUCCUCCUCCUUUGUUACGCCAAGCAAGGCUGGACGGAGGAUGCGAUUGAACCAGAGGAUGGAGCGGAUCCUUUAAUUCCUCUCAUCCCACUGGUGCCUAGUAAACCCAUAUCAGAUUUGAAGAGCACUCUUGACCCCACCAUAACAGAAGCACUCACAGUUUCUCCAGAUGGCCUGGAAGCAGAUCCUUCAACCCCAGUUCCCUCUCCUGGUCCGAAAGAAGGAUCCUCUGAGGAGGACCUUGAUUCGCUCUGUGAUGGGGACAUGACCAGCCAAGAGAUAAAGCGGACCAUUGGCAAUGGCAUUCUGAAGCUUGGCCUUUGGUUCCUGGAAAACUUGAAGCCUAGUCCAGAGCAGCCCAAUGUCAUCAUUUCCCCUCUUAGCUUGUCUGUAGCACUCUCGCAGCUAGCGCUAGGAGCAACUAAUGAGACAGAAGAGCUGCUUCUACACCACCUGCAUGCAGACGCUCUGCCCUGCUACCACACUGCCCUCAGCAGCCUCCUGCGCAACUUCCGCAAAAGGAGCCUGUCCAUCGCCAGCCGCAUCUAUCUGAAAACUGGAUUUAAAGUUAAACAGGACUUUGUGGAAGACUCUCAUAAAUUGUAUGACUCAGAGCCGGCCACUUUGACUGAUGUUAAUGACAUCAAUGAAUGGGUUAAGAAAGUCACAAAUGGACACAUCUCAGAGUUUUUGUCCAGCCUGCCUCUCAGCGCCGUUAUGAUGCUCAUCAAUGCCAUGCACUACAAAGGAGAGUGGCUCACUCGCUUUGACCCUCAUUUCACCUCCACUGAGCUCUUCUACAUAGAUGAAAACCAGAUUGUUAAUGUGGAUAUGAUGCUUGGGCCAAAGUAUCCUCUCAGCGUUUUCCCCCACCAUGAGCUGGAUGCCCAGGUUGCUCGGUUCCCUUUUAAAGGUGACAAGAGUCUACUAGUAAUAAUGCCAACAUCUGGACAUGUGAAUGUAUCAGCCAUUGCAGCUAAGCUCAAUAUCUCAGAUCUUUACCGUCGAUUACCACGAGAAAGAAACAUGCAGGUCAAACUCCCAAAAUUCAAACUUGACUUCAACCAGGACCUCCAAGAAGCCAUGACAAACAUGGGUCUAGGAAUGCUAUUUAGUCAUCCAAAGCUGGACCGCAUCUCCGAGGGCCGGUUGUUUGUUUCCAGUGUGCAGCAUAUGUCCAGUAUUGAGAUAAAUGAAGAAGGGGCAAAGGCAGCGGCGGCAACAAGUGUGGUCAUCUCACGUUCCAACCCUUCAUUUACCGUCAACCAGCCAUUUUUCUUUGCCCUUAUGGAUGACUUAAGUCAAACGCCAUUCUUUUUGGGAGUAAUUUCUAACCCAAACCCUGGAGCAUCUAUUGUGGUCACAAAUCCUGGCAAUUCAGAUAAAAUUGACAAUGACAAGCCACACUCUUUUGAUGUUCCUCCAAAGUAGAUCGUUUUCAUACAUUUAGCAGAAUGAGUCCAUAAGUGAUUGUUGACUGCUUAGUUGGUCCUCACUGGGAAGCAAAUUAAGGACAUAUCUUCUAUAAAUUAAUUCUAGCAGAUAAUUUGAAAUUACUCCCCCUGUAUAAGUUAAUGUUGUUUUAAAUAUCCUAAUCUUUGUUAAAAAGACAUGAUUUGUUUAUUUGUUGUUUGUUUUUUAAUUAAAGAAAUUUGACCAGAAA